AUGUCCACACUUCCACCCAAUUCUCCAAUCUCACCACUUCCCAAACGUCAAAAGACUUCGUCCUCGAGCUCUCCUUCAAAAUCCACUCCCGCUGCCGCUGCCACCUCUUCCCUCCAAGAAAUCAUGUCUUCCACUCCAAGUACUGCGCCCACAACAACUCCAGCACCGGCAACAAACGGUUCAGCCCCAGCCCCCACACCCCUAAAAUCAUCUACCCCUCCCCCUCUUCUCAUUAAGAAACUUUCACCCCGCGCUCGUCUCCCUACACGAGGCAGCGCUUUCGCUGCCGGUUACGAUAUCUACGCUGCAAAAGAAACAGUUGUGCCUGCUAAGGGAAAGGUUUUGGUGGAUACUGAUAUUAGUAUGGCUGUGCCAGAAGGAACUUAUGGCCGCAUAGCCCCACGCUCUGGACUUGCCUCCAAACACAUGAUCGAUACUGGCGCUGGCGUAAUCGAUGCUGAUUAUCGAGGUCAAGUAAAGGUACUCCUUUUUAACCAUGGCGAAAAGGAUUUUGAAGUAAAGGAGGGCGAUCGUGUAGCACAAUUGAUUUUGGAGAGGAUUUAUACACCAGAGGUUACAGAGGUUUUGGUUUUGGAGGAGAGUGUGAGGGGUGAAGGUGGCUUUGGAAGCACAGGCUAGAUUGUGAGGAAGGGAAGAAGAAAUGAAGUUUCGAGGGUAGUUUGGAUGAGUAGAGAGAGUUAGAUAUACCGUGCUGUGCACACUUUAAGAAAGGGAGAAUGUGGCUCGGGAAGGAAUAGACAAAACAA